CCCUCUUUUCCAUCUUGAAACGCCAAAUCAAAGGAACAUUUCCAGUUUUCACUGUUUCACACACCAGAGUUUUCGGCCUAGGGUCGGACUGCCGACGUCGGAGCAUUGGUCAAGUGGGAAGGCCCACCCGUGCGUGGCAGCUCACCACCCUGUGGACGACACUCGUAUCAAGGCACCCACCACUAGAGCACGAUAGUGAUUCUCACGAUUCCUACAACUCCACCUGCAAGUCCAUCGGUUUUGCGAACACCCAUCAACGAACGCGUUACGCAGUGCGCAAAGCAUACACCAAGAAAACCCUCUACCGACUCUGCUCCCAGCCUCCAGGGCCAUGUUUGUUUAGUCGGAGCCCACACUUGCAAACCCUUCCCAGUUCAGGAGCAUCUUCCACCAUGAUGCAAGCUCCUCCUACUUCGCAGCGUUCCAUGCAGCGCCGGUCACCUGGCGCCGACCCAGGACCUCCUCCCACAGUACCAGCCAGAUCAAUGUCUCCUGGACCAGGCUCCCAAAGAGGAUCUGGAGGGAGGAAUAUGCCAGGCAGUGGCCGUAGACAGAACGUAAGUGUGUUGCAUUCAUUACUGAGGCUCAAUCUUAUGGCUUCUAUGGUAUACAAGGAAAAGUCUAACAUAUGUUUGAAUGUAGCCAAACCAGCCAGUAUCAAGUGGUCAAAAUGCGCCCCCCCUCUCUCAAAUUGAAAAGAGUGUCACUCAUCUCCUUGUCGCCACGAAGCAGCUACUCGAAACCCUGACACAAUGGUCUCGACACCAAGCGACUGACGCACAGGUCUCGGACGUCUAUGUACGACUGGGUUACGAGUUCAAUAUAGCAUGUAGGGCCUUCACCGCCAUCAACGUCGAUACAUCAGAUCUAGGAAACGUUCCCGAGCUUCUGCGCAAUAUCCUCGAGUCAACGUUGAGUCAAGAAGCUAGCGUAGAAAGUCUAGAGAAAUACCUUCCUCGAAUCCGAGACAUCAUCAUCAAUCUACUUCAUGGUUUAAAGAGGAAGCAGGCAAAGCUGCGCCAAAAACAAUCCAGAGAGGGCUCGGGCCAGAACGACAACGGUGUUCCGCGAACACCCAGUGUCAGCAGCGUAGGGAGUGCGCACACCGGUCUCACUUCAUUGCUAGAUCAAGGCAUUUCUAACAACUAUCAAGGCGAUAUAGUGCCGAACAAUCGGGAUAGCGGAAAUGAAGUGAGCGUCCCUCCGAGAAUGUCUUCACAGCCCUCCGGUCGAAGAGGCCCUCCUACCAGAGAACAAUCGCGCGGAUCGUUAGCCUCUUCUGAUCAGUCGACCCUAUCAAGCGCAACAAUGCAAAACAUGCCUGGUGUUCCGCCUUAUCCUGGUGAUGAGUUAACAAUCCCACAGGGAGAUUUUAGUGUUGACAACUUUCCCCCGCCUCCUCCGCCUCCGCCGAAGCAACAAAUCUCGAAACAAGUCGCGCAGCAGAAUGCUUUGGCAGCUUUGCAGAGAGGCGGUGAUCUUGAAAGAAGGGCAUCUAGGCGCUAUUCUGCCUACCAGAUCUCCAAGCUUGUUGGUGCGUCCCCAAAUGGAUUGCCUAUGAUGCCCCCAGUGCAAAAUUCCCCAAUCCCCAAUCGAGGCCGGAACGAUGCUCGGGAGUCAAUGAAAGCAGUUCAAAACAGAGCCGAACGAAACGCGCGUGUCCAAAGUUCUCGUCCAGCAGAAACCUCACCCGUUCGAGUCCCAAGUCGCAUCGCCGAAGAAGCCUCGAAGCCGGUUAUCGUACCACCAAGUGAGCCUCCUUCAGAGGAUAGCUCCUUGACAAAGACUCCGGAAGACAAGCUCGGGCACUCUGCCUUCGAUUUCGAUGAUAGCGGACCCAGCGCCACUUUGAAUGGGCCUCCAAGUGAUGCACUACCUAUGCUCACAUCAAACCUCCCGGAAACCCCCAAACACCAAACUGAUGUUAAAGAUCGUCCACUCCCAAGCCAAGUCAGACAAUUCACACCCGAGUCCACCCCUCCACCUGGCAAAGAACUCACCAUUUUCUUACAAUACAAGACAAAAGUCAAGAAGUUCGUGUUUUCAGAGGGCUACAAUGAUUUAUCCAUCGCGAGACUACAGUUGGCUUUCAUCGAGAAGUUUGCAUGGAACACACACAACAAUGGAGUAGAUCUGCCAGAGAUUUACCUGCAAGAUCCAGUUUCUGGCGUACGCCACGAGCUCGAGGACCUCAGCGAUAUCAAGGAUAGAUCUGUCUUGGUUCUCAAUAUUGAAGUUCUUGACGAGGUCAAAAGACAUAUUGACGAGGGAAUUAGUGGUAUCAAGAAGAUGGUCGAGGGUGUUCAGACUGCGGUCCAGGACCAGCAAGUUUCUAUUCAACGAGUCUCAGAUCGCCAACAAGAUGCUGCUAAAGAAAUGGCUCGUCUAGGAACAACAACGGUCGCUUCUCGAGGUUCUAUCGGUGAUAGCCAACGCGUCGCACCAGCUCUAAUGAGUCCGUCAAAGGUCAAUAGCCAAGCUCAAAUGAGUGAGAUCCAAAGUCUCCGCAGAGAUCUUGCGGUCCUGCGACAGACAUACUCCGGCUUCCAAUCUGAUAUCCAGAACUCGAUGUCCCAGAUUCGCACCAAGGCACAAUCUGUAAAGAGCGUUGCAGUUAAAGCAGCCGUUCCUGACAUCAAAGGGGAGUCUGGUCGCUCUUAUGUUAAUCUUGGCAAGAAGACUCUCAAUGAGGACUCUGAUAAGCUUGUUGGCCAAGUUGACGACCUCCAGGACAUAGUUGAAGAUCUACGCAAAGAUGUUGUCCUACGGGGUGUUCGCCCUCUACCACGCCAAUUGGAAACUGUCGCCAAGGACAUUUCUCAGGCUACGAUGGAACUCAAGAAGAUGCAAGAGUUUUUGAAGCGGGAGCGACCCAUCUGGACUAAGAUCUGGGAGAAGGAGCUCGAGACCGUCUGCAAUGAUCGAGAGGAAAUUACAAUGCAAGAAGACCUUGCUGCUGAUCUCGAAGAUGAUCUACAAAAAGCUACUCAGACCUUCGCGUUGGUUGAGGCAGCUACGAAAGAGCAAAUGAAGGAUGGCCCUGGCUCGACUACUCCCCGUAUUCUAUCGAGAGGAUUGAAUCAUAUUGGUGGUGGCGACCCAGCAACAGCCAAGGACGGUGUUUUGGGAGAAGUACGUGCUCUACAGCCUAACCACGAAAACCGUCUUGAAGCUAUCGAAAGAGCCGAGAAACUACGCCAGAAGGAACUUGAGAGUCGGCGAGGAGGCGAAUUCCAAAAGGAGUUGGGCAACUUUGUGGAGGAGGGACGAUUGAAGAAAUCCGGUGGUUUCGAGGAAGUCGACCGUGCUAGAAAAGCCAAGGACGAGCAGACGAGAAGAGAAGUUUGGGAGAGGCAGAAUGGUAUGACUCAAGCUGAUGCUUUUGUUGAAUCUGUGGAGGAACCUGCAACUGAAGAACCCGCCGAGGAAGAAGAUGAAGCAAAGGAGGCUAGUCCUGAUGCUUGA